CGGGUGCCGGGAGCCCUCGUGCUCCGAUUGAGGCAGGAACGGGGCGGGGUGGUGUCCGAGAUCUCGCGCGACGUUAAACCAACGGACUGACUCCAUCGGUGGGAGGAGGUUGAGGGAAAGGGAAGCCGCUUCAACCACAUCCCAGGCCCGGGAGCAGCCUGGCGCUCGGGAAGAUUUUCCGGAGCUUGGAAUGAUAAACAGUAAAUCAAAAUAAUGGAUCCUUUUGAUAAAGGAUUGUAUGCAGACAAGGUGUGGAUUCAGUGUGAAUAUGAAGAUUGCUUGAAAUGGAGGCUUUUGACAAAGGAAGAUGCUGCAUGUGUGGAUUUAAGUUUGCCCUGGUACUGUGACAUGAAUAGUGAUUCUAGCUUUAAUUGCUGUUCUGUGCUUGAAGAGAGUUUCCCCAAGAAAUCUGUAUUCCACCAAUGUGGAUUGAAACUUGUCUACUCACAACUUCCUGUGGGAAGUCUGGUUUUAACAAAAAUGCCUGGAUGGCCCAGAUGGCCUUCCAUCCUCUGUCCCGAUGGUUUGACUGGAGAAUAUGUAAUAUAUGACAAAGAUGGUUAUGUGGAACAAUAUCAUACAGAAUUCUUGGGGAAGCCACAUACCAGGUCUUGGAUUUCAGUGGGUCAAGUUGAGCCUUAUUACACAAGAGGCAAAUUGGCAGAACACUUCAAAAGAUCCACACAGUGGUAUAAAAGUGCAUUGGAGGAAGCAAGAAAGUUGUUAGAACUUACGACUCAAGAAAGACUAAAAAUGUGCAAGCUAAGCAAUGAUGUGUUGAAGAAAUCAGACAGUAGAAAGAGUGGAGAAAUUGUGCGAAAUAAAUCAAUUGCAGGGGAAAAAGAGAAAAUGGUGAAAGACCACCAGAAGUCUAAAAGAUGGAUAAGACAAUCUGCACCAAGAAAACAUAAGAGGAAAAUUCAAAGGACUACACAGGAAUCUUCAUUAACAAUUGGACAAAAUGAUAUAUUGGCAAAUGAAACCAAUAAUAUUUUACAGGCAGAAAAUUUAUUGCAGGAUUUGGAACAAAUGCUGAAGCAAAUUAAUGAUUCUGACAAACUUGCUCAUUCAUUUAUGCUAGAAAAACCAGAUAGAGGCAAAAAACAAGGCCAGAAAAAUAAGCCAUGAGACCUGUGCCACAUGACAAUAGUCUUCCAGUACCAAGACAUGGAGUCUAGAGGAGGCAGAUGAAGAGGCCAUAAUGCAUGAGUCAGGAAUGGAAAGCAACAUAGUUACUGAUGCGUUGAAUGAGCCUCAUCUGAUAACUCAAUCUGAGUUUAAUGACCUGGUCAGAGACUUGGGUUUGUCAAAGGCAAAAGCAGAAUUAUCGGGUUCAAGGCUGCAAGGAUGGAAUCUGGGGUCACCGGGCACAAACAUUUAUCUGAAGGAUUUCAAUAUUUGAGUCAGAUGUUUCCCAGAAUUACUGAUGUCAAAAUUUAGGAAGGAAUUUU